AUGUUGUCUCGUAAAUGGAAGCCCUUGAGAAAUUAUGUGCGUCGAGUAGCUGAAAAAGCUGGAGCUAAGGAAAAAAGUGGCUGGAAGGAAAAACAUGAGGACUUUGAGAAAUUCGGUUGGAAACCAGAGCCUCUUCUUUGCGAGACGAGUAGAUAUGACGAUAGAUCGCCAAGAUAUAAGCUUGUUGAUAUGCCUGAGAAUUGGUCGCCUUAUAAAUGGUCUGGCAUCAACAGACCUGCGAAUAAAAAUGACUACAUAGCCCUCCCUCUUAAAGUUGACGCGAUGAUGAAUGAUCUUGUCGGUUUCCAAUUUAUGAACAAAAUGCAGAAAGAAAAUUUCCGCUCCGCAGCUAGAAAGUUUGAGCAAUACUGGAAACAUAGGCGUAUUGCUAGAGCACCGCUGAACGAGGAUCAAGCGGAGAAAAAAUAUAAUGAGGCUUUCCUUGCGACUCAAAUUGGACCAAAGGUCUGCUCGAAUACAAUGAAGAUAGACAGCUAA